AUGGAGCCCGCCAAGCUCAGCCCCCUCAUCCGGGAUGUCUAUGCGGCCUCUGGCCGCGUCCAGCAGGCUCCGGGUGCCGGCUCAGCGCGGAGGGGUAGCGGCUGCCGGGAGCUCAUGGUCCGGCUGACGGAGGGGCAGUACGUGCUGUGCCGCUGGACCGACGGGCUCUACUACCUGGGCAAGAUCAAGAGGGUGAGUGGCUCCAAGCAGAGCUGCCUUGUCACAUUUGAGGACAACUCCAAGUACUGGGUCCUCUGGAAGGACAUCCAGCAUGCCGGUGUCCCCGGGGAGGAGCCCAAGUGCAGCAUCUGCCUGGGGAAGACGUCGGGCCCCAGGAACGAAAUCCUCAUCUGCGGGAAGUGCGGGCUGGGGUAUCACCAGCAGUGCCACAUCCCGGUGGCGAGCGGCAGCGAGGGCCCGCUGGGCACGCCGUGGUUCUGCCGCCGCUGCAUCUUCGCCCUGGCCGUGCGGAAGGGGGGUGCCCUGAAGAAGGGAGCCAUUGCCAGGACACUGCAAGCUGUGAAGAUGGUGCUGUCCUACAACCCCGAGCUGCUGGAGUGGGACUCCCCUCACCGGACCAACCAGCAGCAGUGCUACUGCUACUGCGGGGGCCCCGGAGAGUGGUACCUGAAGAUGCUGCAGUGCUACCGCUGCCGGCAGUGGUUCCAUGAAGCCUGUACCCAGUGCCUCAGUGACCCCAUGAUGUUCGGAGACCGGUUCUACGUGUUUUUCUGCUCUGUGUGUAACCAGGGACCUGAGUACAUCAAGCGCCUGCCCUUGAGAUGGGUGGAUGUCGUCCAUCUCGCCCUCUACAACCUGGGUGUGCAGAGCAAGAAGAAGUACUUUGACUUUGAGGAGAUUUUGGCCUUCGUGAACCACCACUGGGAUCCGCUGCAGCUCGGGAAGCUCACGGGCACCCCCAUCUCAGAGCGCGGCCCCCACCUCCUCAACGCCCUCAACAGCUACAAGAGCAGGUUUCUGUGUGGGAAGGAGAUCAAAAAGAAGAAAUGCAUCUUCCGCCUGCGGAUCCGCGUCCCACCGAACCCCCCCACCAAGGUGCUGCCGGAGAAGGGCCCCGGCGAGGGCGAGGGCGGCUCCUGCGAGCUGAAGAAGAGGGGGAAAAGCAGAUGUGUCCACAAGGACGGGCUCCUGCCACGGCAGCUGCAGCAGCACAAGCGGCGAGCGGCGAAACGCAAGAGGGCCAAGUUCCUGCUGGAGGACGCCAUUCCCAGCAGUGACUUCACCUCUGCCUGGAGCACCAACCACCACCUGGCCAGCAUCUUUGACUUCACGCUGGAUGAGAUCCAGAGCCUGAAAAGUGCCAGCUCAGGACAGACAUUCCUAUCAGACGUGGACUCCACAGAUGCCGCCAGCACCUCAGGCUCGGCCACCACGAGCCUCUCCUAUGAGUCCAGCCAGAGGACCGUGGGCAGCCGCAAGCGCAAACUGGCAGCUCCGGCGUACGGCUCGGCGGGGGCGAAGCGCAGGGGAGGGGACGGGGGCGGGCGCCCGGCCCUGGGCACCCCCGAGGGCAGCGAGGCCCCGGGCGGCCCCGAGCGCCCCGACGACGGCAUCGACAGCCACACCUUCGAGAGCAUCAGCGAGGACGACUCGUCGCUCUCCCACCUCAAGUCCUCCAUCAGCAGCUACUUCGGGGCCGCGGGCCGGCUGGUCUGCGGGGAGAAGUACCAGGUGCUGGCACGGCGGGUGACGCUGGAGGGGAAGGUGCAGUACCUGGUGGAGUGGGAAGGCACGACCCCCUACUGAGCCCUGCCAGCCCUGAGACCUCUCCCGGAGCCAAGCCAGAGGAGAUCAGGGUGAUGGGGAAGCCCUGGCCUCGAGGCAGAGGAGGGUGCUGGUCCCCCCCGCCGGGAGCCUCUGCGGGUGGAGGCCGUGCCCACACCGGGGCACCGCCAGUGGUGCUGCCCAGGAAUGGAACCUGAAGCCUUGACGCUCUUUUAUUUUUUUUUUUUUUUUUUUUAAUUUUAACAAUUUUUAGUUUCUUGGCCAGUUUUUUUCCUGGCUGUGAGUGUGGCCCAGCCACACUCUCCUGGUGGUGGAGCCUUUGGCUGAGCCCAAGGUACCAUCGUGGUGGUGGUAAGAGCAGUGGGUGGCUCUGGCCCCUCCAGAAGGGUCCCCCUGGCACAGCUGGGGAAGCCACUUUGGGGGACACCCCACAACCUGCUCGCACAGAUGGACGUCAAAGCCUGACUUAUCCCUGCAUCCCAGCCUUACAGAGCAGCCUCGAGGGGGUCCUGGUGCCAAAGCACAAAGCCCCCCCUCACCCCAGUGCUUUCACAGCCCCUCACUGUGCCUACAGGAAAUGGGGGGCGACCCUUGGGAUUUUCUGCCUCAUCCUAAAUCCAUUCAUUAAAGGAAUAUGGUUGGUUUUAAAUGAGGGGACUAAACAGCCCACGUGUAGCUUUCAUGCCCACAGGGCAGGCAUAGGUGGCUGCUCUCAUCUCACAACCUGGACUGCCUGUGAUGCUGCACCAGCUUCAUUUCCCUGUUCUGACAAUCAUGAUCCUGGAAGAGAUUGGCCAAAAGAUCCUCCUUAGCCUUAAAGCCACCAUGGGCACUUCACAGACUGGAGCCCGAGGCCUUUGUUCUCGCAGGAGCCUUCACCUUGAAUGUGCCAAACCAGCAGACAAACCAAAAAGGCUGAAGAGGACAGUGGGGACAUGUGGAGGGGGUUGUGCCAGUGCCUCACUGGAGAGCAGUUGAUGUUUGUGAACAGGUGGGGUUGAUUUGUCUGCAGGAGACAAGGAACAGUCCCCUUCUUUAACAAAGCAAUACUGCCAGGUUGGGCAGGAGCAGAGCAGUUGGCUUUUUAAAAAAGAUUCUAAUAUCAGAUAUAUUUGUUAGAUUUUUUUUUCUUAAGAGAUAUAUAUAUAUUUUUAAUGUUGUCCUCCUCGUCUCUCCCCCAUCCCACCAUGCCUGUCCCAUGGGAUGGAGGGUGGGUGAUGCUGGGUGGG